AUGCUGUUUUACGGGAACAGAAAGAACUCGGUGCACGCGUGGAACGGCGUCGACGUCCUUGUCCAGGGCCAGCUGCAGCACGGCAACGUCGUCAACGUGGCGGAUCAGGGCCUGAUCAUUGAUUUCCAGUGCGCCACACAGCGCGCCCAGUUUAUCGAGUACGGGCGUAUUUUCCGCUACAAUCCGCCCGCGACAAGCAGGCCACAGGACGCCAUCCAGGCACUGCUGCCCCGCCACCGGGACGGUGCGUGGAUCUGGUACCCCGCGCGAAUCAUCCACGGUGUCUGCAAGGCCUUUGACGAUAUUAUGGAACUUGUGGAAGUGCAAGGGCCGCACGGGGUUGUCCGGGAGCUGCUGUCGUGGCAGCAGGUGCGUGUAACCCCCACGGGUGUCACUUUGGAGAAUUGGCGCGUGAAGCCCAAUGAUUUCGUGGUGCGUUCCUGUCCGCUGUCGGCCGACUACUCGUCCGCCGACCUGCCGCUGCUCGGAAAGACUUUCGACAACGAAUUAGCCGGGUUGAAGGAAGUAUUGUACGUCACUCGGGUCAGACAGACAUUUUUCUAUCUGCAGAAGGAAGAAUGCCCUCCUUUGCAGGCCAGCGACGUGGAUAACGUUUUGUGCAUGGCGCAAACGAUGGCCAUUAACUGCGGGCCAGAGGGUGUCAAAAAGCGCCGAGUCGCCGAGUGUCUACCUUUACCCGCUGAACUAUUACGGGAGAUCUUCAAGGCGCUGGACUCCAUCGAGCGAAUCCGUUGUCGUCGUGUCUGCCACCUGUGGAACACAAUCCUCACCACGGAAGCCGACUUCCCCGAUGUGCGCGUGUCCUGCAGUGCGGACUAUGGACAUGCGCUGUGUGCCAUGAUCGGCAUGCACUGGAUGGUGGCGGGUUUGUUAAAGUGCCUGACUAGCGCCACCCGGGUGCUAGUCCUGCGCAAUCUCGAACUGGACGCCUGCGUUCAACUGCUGGCGGUCGUUCAGUAUGUCCUUAACGGCAGCCGUCUGCCGACGCUGAUCUUCAGCAACUGCCAUUUGGGGGAUACAGCUCGGAGUUUCGUAUCUCGGAGUGUUAAGGACAUUGCUGAGAUGGCAGCGGGCGUUGCUGUGAAUUAUGGGUGUGAGCGAGAGACCCUGAUCAUGCAGUUGUGGGAUGUCUUCGAGAAGAAUCUCGUUCUGGAGAAGCCGCUGGAUCGGCCGGCCUUGGCGGAAAUGAUUGCUGCUUUAAAUCCUUCCGCUGGAAGGCAGGAGGCGGACGAUGUCCGCGACAUUCUGUAUGGUCUGCAUGCGUACCAGAGUGCGGAUCCGCGUCUCACCACGCUGUACCGCGGCCGGGAGUGGACUGUGCAGUCCAUCGGUGAGGUGGAUGUGGAUGAGCUGACCCCACUGACGGUGGCGUUUCUGGGCAGAAAAAGCCAGAAAAUCAACCUAAGAAUAACAUAA